UAGAGUUCGAGUUUGUGUCAGAUGCUGCUACAAUGUAACGUUAACAAGCGUUCAUUGAUUGAGAGCUUACUGAAACGCAACGAUGAUCUGCAUUUUACUAGUUGCUGGGCAUGACACGGUUUUACAGGCACAGUUGAAGAAUGAUGACACAGGUUUGUAUGGUCACCUGACCGGAGUUCCCAAGGCCCUGCUCCCUGGGGUGGGAGGAAAGAAGAUCCUGGACUUUUGGUGGGAAACCGUAAACACGAGACAGUUGUUCACUGAAGUGUAUCUGGUCACAAAUGCGGACAAGUAUAAACAUUAUGAGCGCUGGGCGACCGCUAAUGAUUUUCCAGUGGAGAACUUGGUAAAUGACGGGAGCACCACGUUAGAAGAUCGUCUUGGUGCCGUGGCUGACCUUGAGUUAGCCAUUCGAAGCCGUGGACUUAAAGAUGACAUAAUGGUGAUUGCUGGAGACAUGCUCUGUGCUGACCAGAACUUUGAUAUAGCACAAGUGGUCCGGUUCUAUAGAUCAAAGCCAGGAGACCUGGUAAUAUACUAUGAGCUGGAAGAGAGCGAGAAGAGCGACUCCCGUGGCAUCGUGCAGGUGUGCCCAGACACGCACAGGAUCACUUGCUUCCUGGAGAAGCCACCUGAGGGCCAGACAUUGUCUCGGUUGGCCAGCGUAGUAUUCUACUGCCUACAGAAGGAGACGCUCCCCUACCUGUCAGAGUUCCUCUCCAAAACCCAGGAGAUCAGUGCCCGCACCAUGGGGAAGUUUUGGGAGUGGUUCAUCAACAUCCAGGAGAUGCCUGUGUUCGGCAUGAAGCUUCCCACCGGGUUUCAGCUUAUUGGCCAAGUGGGGCUGUCAGAAUAUGCCAAAUGGUUGGCCCACUAUUCUGCCAAGCAACGAGAGCCUCCUGUCAAGCCCAUUACAUGCCGUUCAUUUGCCAGAGUUGGACUUAUGGGGAACCCUUCAGAUGGCUUUCACGGCAAAACAAUUGCUAUGUCCAUCUCUAACUUCUGGGCCGAGGUCACACUUCUGGAAAACCAGACUCUGGUCCUUCUUCCUCAUCCACUCAAUGACCCCACAGAAUUUGGCAGUCUGCAGGACCUCUACCACAUCAGCAGAAAAGAAGGGUACCUGGGGGGUCUACGCCUACUACAGGCUACCUGCAAGAAAUUCUAUCAAUUCUGCUCCAAACAAGGAAUUGCUUUGCGAAAGCAGAAUUUUACUCUCAAGUAUGACACCAACAUCCCACGGCAGGUGGGACUGGCUGGAAGCAGUGCUAUUGUGUCUGCAACCCUGAAAUGCCUGAUGAAAUUCUACAACAUUACAGAUAAUGACCUCCCCAAACCAGUGAGGGCCAACUUCAUCUUAAAUGUUGAGACCGAUGAACUCUUCAUCACCGCUGGGCUCCAGGACAGGGUGGUUCAGGUCUAUGAAGGACUGGUAUACAUGGAUUUCAGUAAGCAGCUGAUGGAUGCAAAGGGACAUGGAGAGUACAUUGGCAUGAACAUGGACAGUCUUCCACCUUUCUGGUUGGCCUAUUUGGGGGAUCCCAGUGAUUCAGGCCGAAUACACAGCAAUGUUAGACAGCGAUGGCUUAAUGGAGAGACUGAAGUUAUUAAAGCCAUGAAGUCUUUUGCUGAGCUAACUGACCAAGCAAGGUUGGCCAUACAAAGUAAGGACUGGGCAAUGCUUGCUCAGUUAAUGGACAAGAACCUGGAGCUACGAAGGUCCAUAUACACAGAUGACUGUUUGGGACCUGGGAAUCUGAAGAUGAUUCAGAUAGCAAGACAGUUUGGUUCGUCUGUGAAGUUUCCUGGCAGUGGAGGGGCUGUGAUCGGUCUGUGUUUGGAUCCAGAUCAGAUGGUGGAGAUGAAGAAGGCCUUUCAGGAGGCUGGUUGUGUUUUCUGUAACAUAAUACCUUAUGAUCCCUCUCGUCCUUAGAGUACGAGUCAUGGUCUUAAAUCUGUGAGUAAUUAGCAACAAAGAUAUGAGAUAUGAACACAUAUGCUAAUACCGGUAGCACAUUUUCAACAAAAUGCGGACUAAUUUUAUAAGGAAAGUAAGCAUUGUUUGUAGCAGAUUUGGCAACAGUCCAAUACCAUAUUUCCGACAAGUAGUUCUCAGAAGCAGUAUGUGCUGGAGUGCUAUUUCUUAUAUACAGUUUGAUGAAUGUUUCAUAUUUUCCUUUUUAUAUAUGAUAUGUUUAUACAUUGAAUGUACUGUAACAUUGAGUGGGUGGGCAGGGACACAAAACGUGUAUAUAAAACAUGUUUCCUUUAUUACAUAUGAUUACAUCUGUACUGUAUAACUGUAACUCUAAGUAACUGUAAUUACAAUUCAUAUUGACACACAUAAUUCCAACAAAAGCAGGUGCACCAAAUUGCAAUUCCAGAUGGUGAUACCCUCUGUCCCCUUUUUGUCCAAAGGGACAUAAAAUAAUAACAAUAAACAUUAUCAAUAAUAAUUUACAGUUUAAAGUAGUCAGAUAGUAGGGGGCGCUGUGGCAUUUCCAAUCCCACCCCAUCUCUCUCUCCCAUUGGGUCAUUUCCUGCAUCCCAUCCCAUCUCUCUCUCCCAUUGGGUAAUUUCCUGCAUCCCACCCCAUCUCUCUCUCCCAUUGGGUCAUUUCCCGCAUCCCACCUCAUGACUCUGUAAGGAGAAUUCAUUAGAUACAAGGUAAACAGAUGAAAAUGCCAAAACUAUCACUAGAAAGGAAAGCAUUACGUACAUGAAUCAUUCCACCAACGAGGAAUCACAGAAGAAAAGAGUCUUGACUGUGACCUCUUAGUGUUGAUGGAAGGCAAGAGGGGCCAGCAGUAGAUCCAGGAAGUGUCCUAAAGGCCAGAGUGAAUUAAAUUUUGGAAACUAUAGGAAUUAUGUAGACCAAACUACUUUCUAUAACACAUACAAACUUACACCAGGAAAAAGAUUGUUUCUAUAAAAUAACACAAUGGAGGAAUUCACAUUUUUAUACAUUUUUUUUAACGUAAUGGGUACCUGUCUAGUGCCAAGGGAGCACUCAAUUCACAAAGAACUGCCACCUUGGUCAGAACAACCAAGCUAGAUUGUGUAAUGCCAGACGCUCUGAGGGAGUGUACAUCAUUAUGGGCAGACAUAAUGCCUAUCUGCGUGCAUAUCAUCAAAAUGAAGCCAUUCUUUUUUUAAAUAGUAAAGAAGUUGUGUGAUAUAUAUAAUUUGAUAAAACAACAGCUGCCACACAAUGAAAUCAGUGAUCAAAAAUUAAAUGCUACAGUAUGUGAAACUCCAAAUGAGAGAAAAUUAAUUGUGAUGACUCCUCCCUGCUAAUUUCAAUAUAUAAUUGAGAAUUAAAGUGACCUUGAGAGUUGUGAAAUCUCAGUGUAAAUUGCAACAAUCUCAUUGUUAAAUGCGACAGUAAUUAAUACAAGGAUACAAGGAGGUUUAUUUGUCACAUACAUAGCAAUACUAACGUAAAGCAUGUAGUGAAAUUUCAUUUGGUGUUCAACUUUUUCUGUGCAAGUGUGAAGAAAGAAAGAUCAAGAAAUAUUUGAAUAAAUAGCAAGAGAGAAUAAAAAGUGCAGUGUGUGUACAGUCCACGUGCAAGUGUGUAAAAAAAAAAAAAAAAAAAAGUUUAUAUAGUCUUGUGUGUGUUAAGGAUAUGAAUUGCUUGAGGAAAAAAACUCCACCUCAGUCUCUCUGUUCUGGUCUUGUAGCUGCAGAGAUGUUUGCCUGACCUCAGUUAUUUGAAAAAGUCAGGAUGUGACGAGUCCUUUACAAUACUUUGGGCCCUGGUACAUAGUCUUUUCUUGUAGGUCUCCUGCAGGGUAGGGAGAGGUGCUCUGAUGGUACGUUCGGCAGAUCGCACCACUCUCUGUAGGGCACUGCAGUCACGGGCUGUACAGUUCCCAUACCAAGUGAUGAUGCUAUUUGUCAGGACACUCUCCACAGCUGAGGAGUAAAAGGCCUUCAAGAUGGGUGCUGAUACUUUGAACUUCCUCAGCUGACGUAGGAAGUACAGUCUUUGCCUAGAUUUCCUCAGUGUGUUCUGGGUGUUAACAGUCCAUGUUAGAUCAUCAUUGAGGUAUAAUAUUGUGAUAAUGUACAAUGUUUUUGAAAAUAAACAUUUCCUGAACA